AUGGGAAAUCUUGAGCAGUCUAAUAUUGUCUCACCUUGUCCACUUGUGGAGCCUGUUUUACAGUUACACAAAAAAUUGAUUGACACACAUUAUUAUGUAUUUCAGGAGGUUUUAAUUUAUAAUUUUGUUGUACCCUUUGAACCUUUUUAUGCAGGAAAACUUGUCUUAACGGCAUACAACAAGAAAGGACUUGGUGGUGCCAUAUAUGUCAAGUUUACAUACUGUGGCUGUCGGGAAGUAGACUUUGACUACAGGAGCAGCCAACUCGCCCUUGAGUCUAGAAGACACCUGGUGUCCUUGGCUCUUUCCCUAGCUUUUUUUAUCAGUGGGCACGGAUAUGCUGCUUAUCGGAAAACUUUAGGGAAGGGGUUGGGAUUAGGUGUAACUUCAGAGAAACUUUUUUUAGAAGUAAUAGACCUAGCACUCCCGUACAUCAAGGAUAUUUUAGAUGAGACGUGUGAUGAAGCAAAGCAUCGAAUGAAACAGGUCUCAUCAGAUCAAAUCGGUUGCUGGUCCACAGCUGUGACAUGCUGUGAUGGAUGCUGGCUAAUAAGGGGGCACUUCAGUGACAAUUGCACCUUUGUUAUAAAAAAUUACAUCACAGGUGCCCUUCUCUCUUAUGGGCAAUUGCCUAUGAGAGAUGCAGACAGAAUUUGUGAUGAGGAACUAUGGCAAGGUGCUGCCAAGUCAUCAGAGGGCUACCUUAGUCAGAUCCUUUGA